AUGGAUCAUAGGGAUUUGUUGAACCAGGCUAAAAGACAGCAGAGACUCAAGUUGCAAGAGUCCACACAGCUCUCGAACCAGUUGAAGACAACACUCAACUCGAUCGUGAAAUCUAAUCUGACAAACUCAAAUAAUGGUUGCAGUAUAGUACUUGAUAAGAUUACAACAAUUCACCAAUUGGAUGAUAAGAUCGAUAAGCAAUUGAAUUAUGAUAUCUCGGUUAAUUUUGAGAAAAUGAUUUAUCAAAAACAUCAGUUAGAAAAACAGUUACAAAAAUGUGAUGAUAAAUUAGAUAAAGAAACCAAAAAUUAUAAAGUUAUUGAUAAUUUACAAGCUAGAUCAGAAUUAAUCGAUCAAGAAUUGAGGAUAUUGGAAAAUUGUUUACACAAUGUUAAACAGAACAGAACAUGA